AUGGACAAGAUCCUGGAGGGACUGGUGAGCUCGUCCCACCCGCUGCCGCUGAAGCGCGUCAUCGUGCGGCGGGUGGUGGAGCUGGCCGAGACGCCGCUGAGCCCGGCGCAGUGCCGCGCCAUGUUCGCGCUCGGCACCCGGCUGGUGUUGCAGGGCCCCGACGCCUUCCAGCGGCAGGUGGGCCGCCAGGUCCUGGAGGCCUACGGGCGCUACCAUCGCGCCGAGUUCGAGGCCUUCUUUGACCGGGGACUGGUCCUCGGCCUCCUGCAGCGCGGCUACGGCGAGCUGAGCUGCCGCGACCCGGCCAUCCUCGACUACAUCCAGGCGGGGCUGCGCCUCAUCAUGAGCUGCCCCUCGGUGCUGGAGCUCUUCGAGCUGCUGCAGGUGGAGGCCCUUCGCAUAGUGUGUGAGCGGCCCGCGCCGCCGCUCUGCGCUCGCCUGUGCCAGCUGCUGGGCGACUUCCCGCAGUGUCUGCCCCGCGGCAGGAAGCUCUCGCUCGCCUUCUGCCAGCAGCUGGUGCGCAGCAUCGCCCACUUUCAGAGCCGGGGCAGCCGCGAGGCCGAGCUGCGCCUCUACGUCUCGCAGGUGACGCAGGUCAGCGGGCUGCUGCGCAGCGUCUGGAAGGCCGAGCCCGACACGCUGCUGCCCUCCCUGCAGGAGCUCUUCGCCGUCAUCGCCGCCGCCGAUACUGCAUUUGAACCCUCUGUUGCACUGGCAAGUCUUGUGCAGCAUAUACCUUUGCAGAUGAUUACAGUACUCAUCAUGAGCCUUACUACAGAUCCAAAUGUGAAAGAUGCCAGUAUGACUCAAGCUCUGUGCAGAAUGAUUGACUGGUUGUCUUGGCCUCUGGCUCAGCAUGUGGAAACAUGGGUGAUUGCACUGCUGAAAGGACUAGCUGCAGUCCAGAAAUUUACUAUCCUUAUUGAUGUCACUCUGAUGAAGAUAGAACUGGUCUUUAAUCGACUUUGGUUUCCUUUAGUAAGACCUGGUGCCCUUGCUGUUCUUUCUCAUAUGUUACUUAGCUUCCAGCAUUCUCCGGAAGCUUUUCAUUUGAUUGUCCCACAUGUGGUCGGCUUGGUUCGCUCCUUCAAAAGUGAUGGCUUGCCUUCGAGUACAGCGUUCUUGAUGCAGUUGGCUGAGUUGAUACAUUGUAUGAUGUAUCAUUAUUCAGGUUUUCCAGAGCUCUAUGAACCUAUUCUGGAAGUUUUUAAGGAUAUGCCCAAGCCCAGCGAAGAGAAAAUGAAGCUGAUUCUCAGUCAGAGUGCCUGGACUUCUCAAUCCAAUUCUUUGCCGUCUUGUUUAUCUAGACUUCCUGGAAAAUCUGAAACUGGGAAGACGGGCCUGAUUAACCUAGGGAAUACCUGCUACAUGAACAGCAUUAUUCAGGCACUUUACAUGGCUACUGAUUUCAGAAGACAUGUUUUAUCUCUGAAUCUAAAUGGUUGUAAUUCAUUGAUGAGAAAAUUACAGCAUCUUUUUGCGUUUUUGGCCCAUACCCAGAGGGAGGCGUAUGCUCCUAGAAUUUUCCUUGAGGCGUCCAGACCGCCGUGGUUCACCCCUCAAUCACAACAGGAUUGCUCAGAAUAUCUCCGUUUCCUGCUCAACAGGUUGCAUGAAGAAGAGAGAACUUGGAAAGCAUUGUCUUCAGCAAAGUCUGCUGAAAGUAGGAAGAGUGAAGAGUCCCAGGCACAAGAAACUGUCCCUAAAGCACAGGUAUUUGCUGAAGCACUUUGUAAGGGGAGUGAAGAAAGAACUCUCAUAGAGAGAAUGUUUGGAGGAAAACUGAAGACUACUAUCUGCUGUUUGAACUGCAAAAGCACAUCUCAAAAGGAGGAAGCUUUUACAGAUCUCUCUUUAGCUUUCUGUCCUCCGAUGUCCUUGGAAAGCGCUAGUGUGAAAUGUGUGGCACAUUCUGAAAUAAAAGAUGGCUCUGUGGUGCAAACUACUAUUUCGGCAACUUCGGCUGGAGAAAUACCUCUCAGUAGCUUGGAAGUAAAUGGUGGAAGCAACGCACUUACAAAUGAAGGAAUCCCAAAGGAUUUUUCUGCUGAGCCAAACUCGGAGACAAAAUCUGAAUUGAACAAGGAUCAAGAUAGUAGGGAUGUUUCUUCUGCACUGGUAGGGAAAAGCACCCCAUCGGUAACGGACUUACUGAAUUAUUUUCUGGCACCUGAGAUCCUUAGUGGAGACAAUAAGUAUUAUUGUGAGAAGUGUGCCUCUCUACAAAAUGCUGAGAAAACUAUGCAAAUCAUUGAGGAACCUGAAUACCUCAUUCUCACUCUUCUGAGAUUUUCGUAUGAUCCAAAGUGUCAUAUAAGACGUAAAAUCUUGGACAGCGUUUCUCUGCCACUUCUUUUGGAAGUGCCAGUCAGAAGAGCAACAUCCCCUCUAGCUGUGGCUUCAGGAAGUUGGUCUGUUGAUGUUGAGGUUUCUGAUAUUGGAGAAAAUCUUGCUAAAAAACUGAAGCCCUCAGGUGCUGAUGAAGUGUCCUGCCCACAGCUGGUGCCCUAUGUGCUAAGUUCUGUGGUGGUGCACUCUGGUGUAUCCUCUGAAAGUGGACAUUACUAUUCAUAUGCUAGAAAUGUUACUGGUUCGGGUUCUUCAGGACAGUGUCACCAGUCCCAAGCUUUUUCUUUAAUUUCUCCUCAGAAUAAGUUGUUAGCGGAGGAGAGUCCCUGUGCUGUUAUAGAAAGUGAGCUGGACACUGAGAUGCCAAAAGAAUGGUUUUUAUUCAAUGACAGCAGAGUGACAUUUACCUCAUUUCAGUCAGUCCAGAAAAUUACCAGUAGGUUUCCGAAGGACACUGCUUAUGUUCUGUUUUACAAAAAACAGAAUAGUACCUGUGGCUACAAUGCAAAUUCAGCAAAUGGACUCUGGGUGAAUGGAGACCCUCCCCUACAAAAAGACCUCAUGGAUGCAAUUACAAAAGAUAACAAACUAUACUUGCAGGAGCAAGAGCUUAGUGCUCGAACGCAAGCACUUCAAGCUGCCUCAGCCUCGUGCUCUUUCCGCCCCAAUGGAUUUGAUGACAAUGAUCCCCCGGGAAGUUGCGGACCAGCAGGUGGAGGAGGAGGGGGUGGAUUCAGUACUGUUGGUAGAUUAGUGUUUUGACUAGGCUGAUGACCUGGAAUACACUGGUUCUAAAGCAGCGCGGUACCGCUGAGGACAGUUAAAUGUUGAACUUACUGUACGAAGUUUUGAGACUUCAUCCUUGUUUAAAAGCAAAUGUUGAGCAGAAGCAAUUCUUGCGUACCUUUUCUUUGAAAUAAAUAAGCGCAUAAUGGAAAAAAAAAAAACUACCUCUUAAAAAUUCAAUUGCUUUUAUAGUAAGAUAUGCUUUCCCAAAAGACAGAAAAUUGAGAUUUUUAAGUAGGUUCUAACACCUCUGCGUUUAAACAAAUGCAUUUACAUCAUUUUCCAUAGACUUUAUCCACUUAAUGAAGCAAGUUGAUUUUGACUCUGGUGGCGUUGUUGUAUGUGCAAGUCCUUUCAGAUGGGUUAAACUACGUGCGUAGUCUCCCAUUCCACCUUAUUUACAAGUCUGAUAACUUCAUAGUUUCUAGAGAUGAUGCAAUCAUACAAUGAAGGCAAUAAAUUAAUGUGAAUUGAUACAGUACUUCUAAAAAUAUUCAGUAUAUUUACAGUAUGAGUGUAAAGAAGAAAAAUAUAAAUAUUUGCAAAGCUAUUUUCCACAAAAGUGCAUGUUCUGUGGGAACAAUGUUUUUAAAUAGAAGUUACUAACUUUGUAGCAUUUUUUAUUGUUUUGAGAGUUUUAAAAUUAUUUCAGGGAAUAUAUAUGCUGUGUAUUUGAAAGGAGGAGAUUCUGUAUGUGCCUUGCAGUACUGUAACUUAAAUUAAGCUUUCUGAGACUGCGUAAAAGGAAGAAAAUGGUUGUGGUCAAUUUUUCUUGUCAGUGUUAGGAAUCAAGUGUUUCUAGAAAGCUAUUUGGUUUCCAGAAGUAGAAGCUUAAAAAAGGACUAAGUUUGUCCAUUAUUUUUGAAUCAGAGGAAUAUACCUAGAGAAUUAUUAUUUUCGUGGCUGCAUUGGUUAAAGAGGUCAGUCAUAAAUUUUGAACUACACUUACGAAAUCAUAGGAAGGCUACCUAUAUGGAUCCUUGCUGAGGGUCUGUGCUUGUAAAAGACCUUCAAAAUUUUGCCUUCCGGUUUGUUUUCGUUUUUAAUUUUUUUGGUGAGAAGUAGUUGAUGAAUUCAGGCUUUAAUUGUCUGCAGAAGACCAAAAUGACAUCUGUGGGGUGACGUCUACUGGCUUAUUGGGCCAGCAUAAGUCAAGGAAACCACUCUUCUAGUCUCGACAGAAUUAGAAACUGUUUUUGAUGUGCAAUGAGGAUAACAAAAGUAAAUGAGUUACACUAAAUGUGGUGAUUGAUUCUGAACUUGAAUAAUCUUAUACUGAAGUGUAAAUUUAUUUAAAAUAUUUUUUAGAAAAUUCUGCACUGUUUUGCUGUGUUUUUUAUAUUCUACUUAGUGACAAAGUGCAUCUUUAAAAAGCAUGCGAACCUGGCAGGUGGUAGUUAAACUGUACAAUAUUUUUUUUUUCUGAAAAUGCCUUUUAAAAGCAUAAACUAAGUUUAACUUGGUUCCUAUAGUGCUGAGUAAAUGGAUUUUAGUCCACAGUAAGGUAUCCUAGCUUGCAAACUAUUUUUAUAUUGUCACUAAAAUUGUUACUUGCUCUGCUAUUGGUUCAUAUGCUGCUGUUCGAGAAAGCAGUUCACCUUCAGUUUCAUUAAAUGGCUUCCAUGCUCUGUUUUGACUGUUGUAUGUCAGCUAUCUCAGUUGUACUGGUGGGUUCAGCUGUGAGAUGGGAAGUGUUAUGAGACCAACGUGAAGAAUAUUCUCGUUUAGCUUGCUUGAGUGAAGUUUUCUUGAAGCUCACUCCACCUUUACAUUUGGUAGCUUUCAGUCUAAGAGGGUUUUUUAUUUCCUUUUAGGUUUUUCUCCGACUUAAUUCCAGUUUCAAGGUUAAUCUGGUUUGUUUGGGUUUUUUUUACCAAAUUGUGGGAAGGGCGCACUUAAAAGCUGUUAAUUUGUGUUAGAGUGGGGAUGUUUUCUGUCUCCAAAUGAGUUAACGGUUAAUUUUAAAACAGCAAAAUUAAAAGCAGGAGCAGAUGUUUUUACUCUAUAUGAAAUCAGGCUUUUGUAAAGGUCGGUUUUGCUUUUCAUGCUCUCCAGUAAAAGUAGCCUACCUUAAAAAUGUGUGGUAUGAUUUUUGUGUACCUAUUGUGUAUGUGUUUCAUGAGCUCUUGGAAGGCUUUCUACACUCUAGUUUGCCUAUUGUAAGUAAAAUAUUAAAUUUGGUAACUUCAUAACAGAGUAAUGCCACAGUUUAAAACUGGAAGUGUCUGAAGGUUUUUGCUUUGUCCUGUUGAUGCAGUUACUUGGAAUUAUACAGCUUAUGUUUUUAAACCUAACAUAUCUUUUUACAAGUCUGCCUUCUGACCUGACAGCCCUCAAAGGCAGAUGGAUACUUAAUGUGGAAGGCUUCAAUAAAGCUAGUGGGAGCAGAGAAGUA